GUAGAUGCAUGUUUACGUGGUUCAUCAGUUCAAUCAGGUGUUCUUAUGCUUGUCUCAGUACGGUUUUGCCAUUUACUCAGACAAGAAUCGUCUAUCACCGACUCUCUGGUGGAGGUGCCUUUGAAGUAGUCCUACGCAAUUGCACGCUGACGUAAGAACAAGAAAUCAAGAAAACAAGAAAUCAUACUUCAGCAAGCCACGGGGAUUUCUCUCAUAUAAUCAAAAAAUACCGAGUGCGAAGAAGACUUCGAAUAAGGACCUGCGGUUAAACCUGUUUGAUUUUCCUCAAUUCGUAGGGUUCUAGUUAUAAACUGACUUUCGCAAAGCUCUCGAUAUGUAUAGAUUAUCGUGCGUGAUGUUGUUGUGGACAUUUUGUACCCUUUUUGAGAUGUACCGCUGUGCUCCUUUGGCACACAGGAAUGGUUUUGGCACUGUUGACCCACCAUCAACACCUCAGUUCAUCAUGGAGGUAGCCGAAGGUGCCAACGUGUCUCGCGCAGCAAGCACUAUAGGUGAAGAUGAGGACGAUCAUCAGAGUGAUAUUAAAUCGACAUAUAUCAGUAAAAAGAAGUUCGAGGCAGAAACCAUUGCACGCCGAACUGAUUCUUAUGCUACGGGUAAGGUGCACGCCCGUCCUCUAGCGUCGCACCCGGAGCUCCUGUCAACAACUGCAGAUGCAAAUGAUGAGAUUUUUCUCGAGUUUCUGCGAGAGCUUGGGCAACUUGAAAGGUAUUUUGAUAAGGAAGAACCCAAGAAGAAUGCGGACCCUGAACUGUAUCAUUUUAAUUCGAAAUCAAACGUUGAAGGCAAAGCAUCAUCUGCGGGUCUUAUUCCGAAAAUUUCGGACCUUCAAGAAGACGUGGAAAUUAAUCAGACAGCAAAGAGGCUGAGGGCAGAUAAACUGAAACAUCUCCUCGCCCCGGCUUAUGAAUUUAAGCACGACGUCCAAGAGACGCAUGAAGCAAAGAUGAGAACAGGAAUGGAAAAAGUACUGCCAUCACCCGAAUACGCCUUCCGUCAAGCCGUUCAGAAAGUCAGAAAAGGACACGUUAAAGAUCAACCAGUGCUUGAAAAAUCUAAACUUUCUGCGCAAAAUAAGGAUGCAGAUUACAGCAUAGAUAUCAAUCCUCCGCCACCUGUCAUCUACCAUCACGUACAUGUAUAUUUGGACCCUGGGAGUGGAGAGGAGACGUCUGAUAUCAAAUCUGCAGCAGACGAUCGUAAUGAGAGAUAUCAAGUGGCGCCAUCUGCGGGCAACACCAAUCAUUAUCAAGAGGCUUUAGACGUGACAGGCGAAGGGCUGAAUAUUACCGACAUUGACAAAGAUCCGGAUUGGAGACUUCUUAUGUUGCUUAUCCAAAAAGAGCUUAAUCGAGAAAAUGUUUCUAAAUGGGACACAGAAAACAGCGGAGACGGACAAAUAAAUUAAACGAAUGAAUAGCGAUAUUUAACUGUGCAAACAGUUGCUACAUUUUAUUAAAGGCAGUAAUGGUGUAUAUGGCAUUGCAUGGUGCUUGUGUGGUUUAGUAUUCCAUUUCAAUAUACGACCGCAAAUAUUUUAAAACAUUGGCUCGUAGGCUCUGUUUGCGAUCCAAGUUCUGCUACUUGGUGCUGUUACGUGUACAUGUAUCGAUAUAAUUUAUUGGUUGUGCAUUAUAAACUUCAUUUCAAGUCAUUUAUUUGUUUGAUCAUCUGCUUGUCUUAUUUUUCGUUUUUGUUUAUAAUCUAUAAAUUUGUUUCUAUUCUUCUUAGGCGCUAUAUGUAGUGCGGGGCACCUGUCAUUUUAUUAAAUAAAAUCUCUCAGAAAAACAAAAUAGUUUCACUGAUAGAGAUCCUUGAUAGACUUUCAUGUAAUUCACUAAGUAAGGGAGAUUGCUAAGUCCUUCUUAAUGGAGUCUUCGCUGAAAAAGUCAACAAUUGCAACGAUGUGAUAAAGC